AUGUCACAACGAAAGCAGCAAACUGAAAACUUUUCUCUAAACGAAGAUCUGAUCAUGUUAAAUAAACCCUUCGAAAACCGCUAUACAAAUGAAAAUCAAGAAUAUCGCCAAAUGGCUGAAUCACGUUCAAAAACGCCUCCUAUAUUUGAUGACUGGAAUAAUCAUCGAUCUCAAUCUCGUCACAACUAUUCGCGUGAUCAUCGUUAUCGUUCAGAAUCUAGUCGAAGUCCAUCGUCAUCCUAUUCAGCUCAACGUCGAUAA